GCGAAAAACAUAAUGAAAAUUGUGCCAUUUUUAUCACUCUUUCGUUAUAAUUUCUGCACAGGCUAAAUUUCGCCUUAUUUAUACUUCUCUAUCAGUUUUAUUCGAGAUCUCACUCUACAAAUCUGGCUAAGAAAUAAUUCGGAUUCACUUCAUAUAUGCUCAAAACACACAUAUAAGUUAUAAAUAUGUGCAUACAUAAAUGAAGAAGAGUGUACCCCGUCAUAAAAUAUAAAUAUAAAAAAAGUUCCAGUGUGUACAACAAAACAUACUGGACAGAUGAAAAAUUAUUGCAUCUGAAAGUUCACGCAAAACUUUCCACGUAUAAUCUUAUCUUUCAUUUGAUACUUUAGCAUAGGUGGUUGUGUACAACCGUAGUUGAUUGUGGUGCAGAUUUAUGGUUCGCACUAUGGGAAUCCAUGUUAUUGGUGUUACUGCUACUAUUACUGUGUCCAGUUGAUGAAGGAGUGACGUCAUUGAAUGCUGGUGAGAUAGAUUUGGGGUAGCGUGAUAAACGUUUCUUUCUCAAUAAUGUUUUCAUGAUAGACAUGAUAUUAAUUAAUAAUUAAGUGAUUUACCAUUCGAAAGGAUCUUUACUUACAAAUAGUGCAUGUAUCUAACAUACACUCAUACGUACAUUGUUAUCAGUUUAAUAAGUGAAAACGAUAAAUUUGAAAUAACCAUGAAAUCAAGAUAAUGAGAUAAGACGAGCAGAUUAUCUUGUUGAUUCGUAAUCGAAAAAUUAUAGCAAUCAAGAAAUGACACAUAAACAUCAAAAUUCCACGUACUUUUAUUAUCUAUUUACAAAAGCUUUUAUUUGGUGUAUAAAUAAUAUUAUGAAUUCAAAAAAAAAUAUAUAAAAACAGCUAAUUAAUAAUUAAAUGGUAGUAUCUACCAAUUAUAUAUACGAAGCUAAAAUAAUCUUACUAAGUGAUAUACUUAUAAACAUCAAUAUCAAUACUAAGAAAUAAAAAUAAUUAAGAUAAUGAAAUAUUAGUGGUUAAAAUAAUAAAUCAUUGCAUCAAGCCAAAGCAGUACCUAAUCAGCAAUAAAUAAAAGUGACUUUUUAAUGAAAAUUUACACAUAAUAUUGUUCAAGAAUAUUGUUCGUACUUUUGAAUAAGGGCGUAAUAUUAUUGUAUAAAGGAGUUUUUCAUCAUUACAAAUUUUCAAUUAGGCAUAUUUAUCUUUAAUUAAGAUCUACACUUAAUCUAAAUUUUUAGUAGGCGCAUGCCUUACCUCGGGCCUACUGACAUGACAACCCGACUAUCCGCCAUGUUUUACACGGUCGAAGUCGGGGAUACAAAAUUUACUAUUCUUAAGCGGUAUCAAAAUCUUAAACCUAUUGGCUCUGGCGCCCAGGGAAUCGUUUGUGCUGCAUAUGAUACAAUUACAGCGCAAAAUGUAGCAAUUAAAAAAUUGUCAAGGCCUUUUCAAAAUGUAACACACGCUAAAAGAGCAUACCGAGAAUUCAAACUUAUGAAACUCGUCAAUCACAAAAAUAUAAUUGGGCUUUUAAAUGCAUUCACACCGCAAAGAUCAUUAGAUGAAUUUCAAGAUGUUUAUUUAGUAAUGGAACUAAUGGACGCUAAUUUGUGCCAAGUUAUUCAAAUGGACUUGGAUCAUGAACGCAUGUCCUAUCUUCUUUAUCAAAUGUUGUGUGGUAUUAAACAUUUACAUUCGGCUGGUAUUAUUCACAGAGAUUUAAAACCAAGUAAUAUUGUUGUAAAAUCUGAUUGUACUCUCAAAAUCCUUGAUUUUGGUCUGGCCCGUACUGCUGGAACUACAUUUAUGAUGACUCCUUAUGUUGUAACCCGUUACUAUCGAGCACCAGAAGUCAUUCUUGGCAUGGGAUAUAAAGAAAACGUUGAUAUUUGGUCAGUUGGUUGCAUAAUGGGUGAAAUGAUUCGAGGUGGAGUUUUAUUUCCUGGAACUGAUCAUAUAGACCAGUGGAAUAAAAUUAUUGAACAACUUGGAACACCAGCACAAGAAUUCAUGCAACGGUUACAACCUACAGUGAGAAAUUAUGUAGAAAAUAGGCCACGAUAUCCUGGAUAUCCUUUUGAGAGAUUAUUUCCUGAUAUCCUCUUUCCUACAGACUCUUCUGAACAUAAUAGACUGAAAGCAAGUCAAGCCAGAGAUCUACUUUCGCGCAUGCUAGUCAUCGAUCCUGAACGGCGCAUUUCAGUUGAUGAUGCUCUAUUACACAAUUACAUCAAUGUUUGGUAUGAUGAGGGAGAAGUAAAUGCUCCUGCACCAGGGCCUUAUGAUCAUAGUGUCGAUGAAAGGGAGCACACAGUUGAUCAGUGGAAGGAACUUAUUUAUCAAGAAGUUAUGGAAUAUGAAACAAGCCAUAAUCCAGCAGCAUCUUGUGCUCAGUCAUCAGUUGUAGUAGAUCAAGUGGCUGGUUCGCGGUAG